AUGCAGUCAUCAGCAACAGAACCCAAGCGGUCAUCAGCAACAGAACCCAAGCAGUCAUCAGCAACAGAACCAAAGCGGCCAUCAGCAACAGAACCCAAGCAGUCAUCACCAACAGAACCCAAGCAGUCAUCAGCAACAGAACCCAAGCAGCCAUCAGCAACAGAACCCAAGCAGUCAUCAGCAACAGAACCCAAGCCCAUCAGCAACAGAACCCAAGCAGUCAUCAGCAACAGAACCCAAGCAGCCAUCAGCAACAGAACCCAAGCAGUCAUCAGCAACAGAACCCAAGCAGUCAUCAGCAACAGAACCCAAGCAGUCAUCAGCAACCAUCAGCAGUCACCAGAAUACAAGCAGCCAUCAGCAAACCCAAGCAGAACCCAAGCAGUCAUCAGCAACAGAACCCAAUCAGCAACACCAGCAACUAUCAAACAGCAAAUUCAAGCAACUAAUAAGCAAAUUCAGCUGACACUGUACAAAUGA